CCUUUGAAGGAAAAAAACAUCACACUCGUUGGUGUUCGGGAAAAUCUGGUGGACAAAGUUUGGCCAAAUCGCCCGACUGAAGAGGCAAAGAAAGUCGCUGUUCAACCCUAUAAAUACACAGGUUGAGAAUUUAUUCUUAAAUCGACCGCAUGACGUAUGGAUUAUUAAUUAGUAUGUAAGAAAUAUAAUGUAUUCAACGAAAAUACCGCGAAACAUUGUUUAGUCUGUAAAAUAAUUAUUCAGGGAAAUAUUGGUAUGACAAAGUAAAAGAUGUGCAGAAAGAAAUGAAGAAAGUUGAUGCGACAGCUCAUGUUGUCCAGGAGUUGGAUUCCAUCGCUUGUAAGUACAUUUCUUAGAAAAAGAAGAAGCGGCCAUUUUCCCUCCCGUCUCCGUGAAGCCCUUGGCGAGGAGAACCUUUGAUAAAUUAACCCAUUGAGUCGCAUUGCGCCCGGAUGCGCCCUACUUUAUUAUUUUACUCUGUCUAAUGCCAGACGAUUUUACUCGUCAAGGGGAGAGCGCUGGCGCUUAAUGGGUUAAUGUCAUUUUAUGUUGUAGCAACUGAACUUGAUCAGUAAUACCGUUUUGCUCUCCAUAUACAAGUCACCCGAAAAUAAACCUUUCCUCUUAUAACCAAAAUUUUGAUUUAGGCAAGUGUAGACAAAUAUUUCAUCACAGCUUGAAAGAGCAUCACAAAAUUAGUAAUAUUCCAAAGUUUCGUUGCGAAAUGUUGUAAUAUGGGGGAAAAUAGAGCCUUGCGAAGUUUGCAAUUUUCAGUCAUUUUAGAUUACAAACGGGAAAUUGCAGCCCCAACACCCGAAUCGGAUGUCAAUUUCCCGUUUGUAAUACAAAAUGACUGAAAAACGGCAAACUUCGCAAGGCUAUAUUAUCCGCAUUUUACAAGAUUUUGCAACAAAACUUUGGAAUAUUACUAAUUUUGUGAUGCUCUUUCAAACUGUGAUGAAAUUUUUGUCUAGAUCGAAAUUUUAGUUAUAAGGGGAAAGGACCAUUGGUACGACUAAUUAUGGCGGAAUUUUGCCCACAUCUAUCCGCAAGAAUCCCCUUGUGAAUAUAUGGGACCGGACAAAUUUGCGUACAGUACGAAUUCAGACUCUUGUGAACUUUGUCUUGUUAAAAUUCUUUUAGGGUUGCUAAAUGUGCGUGGCAAGGAGAUCCCGUACAACCCAGUGUUCUUUGCUUAUGUCAUCGUGACGGUGGAUAAAGUACUGUAAGUGGGUUUGUUAUUUUCUUCGCAUUUUUAUCGCAGAAUGAAGCACGGUUGACGGUUAUCGCGGUUGACGAUUAUCGCUCUGAGUUAAGCCUGCUACUGUAGAGCGAGGAUAUCAGCUUAGGUAGUGAUAAUAACACCAGAAAGCUGUGAAUUGAGACGGAUUCAACGACCUGAAAAUACAAAUAAGACUUGAGACGUCGAAGUUUUGCUUGUUUUUUCAAGGAAGUGGAAUUCCUCUCAAUCUAUAUCUUUAAAGUAUUUACAUUUAUUGAGGUAUUUACUGUUAAAGGUUGGAUAACUUUCCUGUGUUUGACAAACUCGUGUACUGUAUUAAAGUACAGUCUAGCUCUUCAGUGUGUCAAGGGCUGAUCUUUCGCUUUCCUUCCCUCGCUUCAAAUUAACAUUUACUAUUUGGGUUUCUAAACUCUGCUAAGGCUUCCGCUGACCUCAAAGCGGUGAACACAUUUAUCCAAACUCAGGAUUUUUUGUCUUCGUUUAUAGAUUUUUCGUAAAUUCUUCUAAGAUCAGUGACACUGAGGUGCAGAAACAUUUACAGUUGUCGACUUGUUCCGGCAAGACAUAUUGUAUCACACAGAUGGCCUACGAUUCAAUUGCAGAUGAACUGAAGAAACUUAGUGCUGAUGACACUGCUAAGAUAUGGGUGUGUGUAUGGAGCAUUAGUCCUAACCAUAGCCACAGAAUAAGGCACACAGAAGGUCGACUCGAGUAACCGCUGCCACGCCAUGAUUGAUCAUCAAAAUGCUGACGCCAUUGUCCUAGCCAGUGCGAGUUUGGCAUCCCCCCUGGACGUCCGCCAUUUUGAGUAAUAUCAGGGGGUGAAUGCCUCUCAAACGCGCACUGGCUAGUACCAUGGCGUCAGCAUUUGAUGACGAAUUACGGGUUACGCCAAAAUCAUAGGAAAAUCGUAGGAAAAACCAAGAAGUCGGCCUUCUGUGUACCUUAUUCUGUGCCAUAGCGGAACGUUUUAGUUGCGGGUGAAUAUGGCAUAGUUCGUUCAUGUCUGACAGCGGGCUUCGAACCUGAACAGGGCCAAUCAGACAACAGCAUAUUUCCCUGACUAUAAUUUCAUCUUGCUCGCUUGUGAGAAGAGUGCUUCCAGUUUGCCUCUACCAAACAGCGCAGCUUUUUCUCCGAGUAUUCCGCUUUUCUCUGUUCUACACUGAACCAACACUCCAAUAGGGGAAUGGUAUUUACUGAACCUUUGAGGAAAAUAGUUUAGGUCUGAUAGAGCUAUCCAGUAUAAAUAAAGUUAGAUUAGUUUAGGUUUCCUUCUCUAGUAACACGGGAUCAAUAACAGAUGACUCUUACUGGACGUCAAAGAAAAGCAGCUAGCUAGAGGUAUGCAGUAACAUUAGUUUAUUUAAGGACCAACGUACUAAUUGUAGGAAUGUAAAUUCAUAUCUAUUUCUAGUUGAGUCCGAAAGAUAGUCAUGCCUUGAGAUUGGAUGUCCCGACUGUGAGUAUGAUCAUUCAGUGAUCGGAAUGUUCCGUUGUCUUUUCAUUGUUUUCAAAAUCUCACUGUCCUCCAUGUCAUCCAGUCAUGAUCCAGUGACUGUAAUGUACCAUUGUCUUUUCAUUCUUUUCAAAAUCUCCAUAUCAUCCAGUCACGAUUCAGUGAUCGGAAUGUUCCAUUGUCUUUUCAUUCUUGUGAAAAUCCCACUGUUCUCCAUGCCAUCCUGUCAUGAUCCAGUGAUCGGAAUGUUCCAUUGUCCUUUCAUUCUUUUCAAAAUCUCCAUAUCAUCCAAUCACGAUCCAGUGACCGGAAUGUUCCAUUGUCUUUUCAUUCUUGUGAAAAUCCCACUGCUCUCCAUACAAUGCAGUUACUUAUUGUGUUGAUUAUAUUAACAUUUAUUUCCUCAUUCUCUGUAGGAAAAGGUGUAUAAAGAGUGGUCUCCUAUCCGUUUAAUGAAAGGCAAAAAGAACGACGUUGAAUUGAAAGGAAUGAGAUACGCAAACGUAAGUUGGAAUACUUCACGACUUUGUUCACAUGGGAUUCGAUAAAAUCGGAAAGGAGCUUCAAUUUCCGAUUUCUUUGGCGUUCACGUGGAACACACGAAACUGGGCGAAUUGAAACAGAACAUAUGACACCGGAUAAUUUAGUACGUCUAAUUUUAGCAAUACUUCUUUCAUCUAAUUUUUAUUAUUUCUUACUUUCGCAGCUCAAAGACUCGGUCGCCUUGGCAGAAUUCUUUUUGUACGCAGAAGAGCAGGUGAACGUUCUUGGACUGAUUCUGUAGUUUUUCAAUAUUAUGAUCAUUGUCACCAGCGUCAUCAUCACCAUUAUCACCAUCAUCUGACGUCAUCAUCACCACUAUCAUAACCUCCACCAUUACCAUUACACCAUCAUCUGAUCAUCAUCAUCAGCACUAUCACCAUCAUAACCCCAACCAUCAUCAUCACCACUAUAUCGCCAUCAUCACAAGCCCCACCAUCAUCAUCACCUGAUUACAAUUGCAAGGCCCCAGCUUAAUUGUUUAUCUUAAUGCCAGUAUUUUGAUAACUGAAUGUAAUGUUUAUGAUGUUAUAAAGGUGAAGAAAAAAGCAAAGAUUACUGAACUCUCGUUGGAAAAGAAAAUGGAAGAAUUCCGAAG